CGGUGAUGCCGAAGGACUCGGACCUCGAGGAGGAGGAGGACCAGAGGAAGGACCCCGGGACUCAGGAGAGCCACAGGAAGGGGGUCCGAGCCAGUCCGCCCAGCCCCCACCCAGGGAACCCCCCACAAGCCAGCCCCCCCAGGGUGCCGGUGGAGGAGCUGAUGGAGGCGGCUGAAGGAGUGACCAACAUGGUUCUGGCUCAUGAGAUCGUGGUGAACCAGGACUUCCAAGUCAGACCCAGAGAACUUCCUGAGGGGAGCCUGGAGCGUCACGUCAGGGACGUCCUGCAGAAGACCUUCUGGGACCUUCUGGAGGCUCAGCUGCUGGAGGAGCCUCCGUCCUACGAGCAGGUCCUCCAGCUGCUGGACGAGAUCAAAGAGACCCUGCUGUCCUUCCUGCCCCCGGGACGGUCCCGCCUGCGGUCCCACAUCGAGGAGGUCCUGGACCUGCCCCUGAUCCGGCAGCAGGCCCAGAACGGGGCCCUGGACAUCGGGGGUCUGUCCCGCUUCGUCGUGGACAUGAUGGGCUCGCUGUGCGCCCCCUGCAGGGACCCGGACGUCCAGAGGCUGAAGGACGUCUCCGACAUCGUGCCUCUGCUCAAGUCCAUCUUCUGCGUCCUGGACCUGAUGAAGGUGGACAUGGCCAACUUCGCCCUGAGCAGCGUCCGUCCCCUGCUGGUGCAGCAGUCGGUGGAGUACGAGAGGAACAAGUUCCAGGCCUUCCUGGACAAGCAGCCCAGUGAGA